AAAUUUGACAUUGUCUUUGGCACGCUUGCUGGCACGGCACGAGGCUCUUCAAUUUAGUUUUGCAUUUUUAUUAAUCGCAUUUAUCGCCAAGUUUCUUGUUGAUUUCUUUACGAAUCUUGUUUUUUAUACAGUAGUAAUAUAAGGCGUCCAAUGAUAUUAAUGUUGAUAUAUAAACUUUAAGAUUUUCAAUCAAGCAAAGUUUUAAACUUUUUAUUUUCUUUAAAACCAGUUUUGUGUUUUGUAAGAACUUAUUAAAUUCAUUAAAAAUGUCGGUAAAUACCAACGGUGCUGUUAAUGGAACCAAUGGAGAAACCAGCUACUUCAACCUCAAAGAUAUGGAUCAUAUCGUAAGAGUUCUAGACAGGAAUCAGAAGAUUCAACCUGACAUACUGGAAGUGAUUGGCAACACUCCUCUAGUUAAACUAAACAAUAUACCUAAAAGUGAAGGGUUAAAAUGUGAAAUGUAUGCCAAGUGUGAAUUCCUGAACCCUGGAGGUUCAGUAAAAGACCGCAUUGCCUACCGCAUGGUGCUAGAUGCAGAGAAGAAAGGUAUCCUGAUCCGCGGCAAGUCUGUCAUCAUAGAACCCACCUCCGGGAACACCGGAAUUGGUCUGGCAUUGGCCGCUGCUGUCAGAGGCUACCGCUGCAUCAUCGUGCUGCCCGAGAAGAUGUCCGACGAGAAGGUGAACACGCUGAACGCGCUCGGCGCGGAGAUCGUGCGCACGCCCACCGAGGCGGCGUCCGCGGACCCCGACAGCAACAUCAGCGUGGCGCGCCGCCUCGCCGGCGAGAUCCCGCACGCUGUGCUGUUGGACCAGUACAACAACCCAUGCAACCCUCUCGCGCACUACGACGGAACCGCGGAAGAGAUCCUGUGGUCCCUAGACGACGACGUGGCCAUGGUGGUAGUAGGGGCGGGUACAAGCGGCACGGUGUCGGGCGCGGGGCACAAGCUGCGGGAGCGCUGCCCCGCCUGCGUGCUCGUGGGCGUGGACCCGCGCGGCUCCAUACUGGCGCAGCCGGACCACCUCAACGAGACCGACGUACAGUUUUAUGAGGUGGAGGGCAUCGGGUACGACUUCCUGCCGCGCGCGCUGGACCGCAGCGUGGUGGACCGCUGGGUGAAGGUGGACGACGCGCAGGGGCUGCAGAUGGCGCGACGACUCAUCCGCGAGGAGGGGCUGCUGUGCGGUGGUAGCAGCGGGUCGGCCAUGGCGGGCGCCAUCGAGGCGGCGCGCUCGCUCAAGGAGGGCCAGAAGUGCGUGGUGCUGCUGCCCGACAGCAUACGCAACUACAUGACCAAGUUCAUCUCCGACCAGUGGAUGGAGACCCGCGACUUCAAGCCCGUCGAGGACAGGGAGAACGUUUGGUGGUGGAAAAACGAGGUGAACUCCGCGCUGGCAUCGCAGGUCCCCAGCAUCUCUCUGUCGGCGACCCCCAUCGAGGCACUGACCAAACUGAAGACCAGUCGCGCGCCGCUACUCACCGUCCUGAACGAUAAGGGAUCGCUAGUGGGCGUGUUCACAUCCGACUACGCGCGGCGGCGGCUUGCCAACCUGGCCGGCUCGCCCGCGGACUCGCUCGACAAGUUCCUCGUGAAGAAGUACAGCCGGCUGGACCUGGCGAGCCGCCCCACGCUCGGCAAGGUGUCGCGGAUGCUGGAUAUUGCAAACUUUGUCGUGCUCGUUGAUACAGAUGCUGCCACCAAGAUAGAGACCCCGGUGGGAGUGAUCACCUCCGAAGACCUCCUCACGCACAUCACAGCCAAGCAAAUGAACGGGAAAUAGGACCCUCCACUCUAGUUAAUUAUGUUAAGUUUAAAGAAAGACGUGUUCACAAAAUGUAUUAUAAGUUCAACAAAUUAUAUUUAAUAGGAAAAUGCAAUUAAAAUUAAGUAUGGGCUUCCUCUACUUUCUAUUAGAUAUUAUGUUACGAAACUUGUACAAAGACUUGACUAUGUAUUUAAACAUUUACCUUUGGUGGUUUUUGUACGUUUAUACCUAAGAUAAUCACAACUUAUAUGACAAUGGGUUUCUCUACAAAAUGACAUUUAGCCUUUAUGUAAUGCAUUUUAUUUUACAUUCAUCGUAUAUCUAUUUUAUACUUAAACCGAUUGAGUUAUCCUCACAUAUUUUUAUUUUUAGAUGUAUGAAAUUGUUCUACUUACAGAGAUCAAUACAUCACAAUCUGACAUA